AUGGGCGGUGGCGACAAUGAAUGCAUCGGCACGGUACUGCACACACUGAAGGAGACGGAGACGGAUGGGAAGGUGCGUCCGGUUGAGCCUAUCAAGAUAGUCAAGACCCAAGUCUUCGUAAGGGAAGAGGCAGCUCAGAAGGAGGAGGAAGAAGAUAAGAGGAAAAAGGCUCAGUUGCUGCGGUGUCGUAUGGAUGUGAUGAAGGACUGUCAGAAAGGAGCGUCCAUUGGAAUUGGUAAGUACCUCGCGGCCUCGCACAAGCGCAAGUCGCAUGGAGCGGCGUCGGGGGAGGAGGGCAGGGGGCCGAUGCUUGGACAGAUGGAGAACUUUCUCUACUUCUUCUCUCUGACCAUUCCAGAGUCCAUAGUGCAUCUAGCUGAUCCUGCAGCCGAGACUAAUUCCACCACCAACAACGAGAACGAGUAUAUGGACCAGUCAUUAGCUCGAGUGGAGUCGCAGGCGGCGUAUGCCAACAUGAACAAUUCAAGUAAGGCGAGAACAUACUUUGCCCGGGUCUUAAGAAAGAGUCGGAUAGAAUGGGAGGUCUUCAAAGUAGCAUGGCCAUGGAUAGUUAUCGGCAUCAUAUUCCAAAUCCUGCAUGACUGGGCUCAUAACUGGGUGUAUUAUCUUAGCGGAAAAUAUAAUGUGUAUGGUGGUCCUGAGAACGCCCUUGUUGACUUUGGUCAUAUGGCCUUUCCCGAUAUUGACACAUUGACGGUAUCUCCCGCGCCGGAGAACCCAGUUCUCUACACGUGUAUGUUCCUUGCAGUGGCGUUUGUGGUGAUAGCCCCUAUAUUUGGCGAUCGGGAUGACUUCACGCUAAUAGGGGCAAUCUGGAGGGUGCUCAACGUCUGUGACUUCACUAUAUUAUUCCGCUGCAUAUCCUUUUUGGUCACGAUUUUGCCGGCGCCGGCCCCUCAUUGUCAAGAGGCCCCUCCGCCCAACGCUCCGUUGGAACCAUUCUUCAGUCCACCCACAUCGGCCGGCCAGGUGUUAUCUGGCUUUGAUGUUCAGAAUGGGUGUGGGGAUCUCGUCUUUAGCAGCCAUAUGAUGUACUGCUUGCUGGCGACAUUGGUCGUUACUCACUACUCUCGAAGCCUCGUGCUCAUGGUGAUCGAAUGGUUGCUAUGUUGUGCACUUGUAUGUUUGAUAUGGCGCAAAGAUCGCAUUAUACGUUGGACGUGUGGGUUAGUUGGUACACGGUGCCUAUGGUUUGGAUAUGCUUUUACCAUUUCUUCCCCAACGAUCCAGUGAAGCAUAUUGCAUUCUGGAAGGAUCAGCCGCAGCAUGUCUACCUACCCAGGCAAGCGGAGGUGCCGAAGGAAGAACGCGCGUCCACAAGUUUCGGAACUCCUACAGCGAUCAUCUGGCCUGGAAUCGGCCCUAACAUGACGAGGGAAUGACAAAUGAUGGAGUGUAAAUAAUAACACUGUAUACUGUUGCUUAGCUCUUUCCCUUAUUGACGCGGCAAUUGGCUACAUUUGAGUCCUUGUCUGCUGUGCAAGGCAGUCGUCUCACCUCAAAUGUUUAUCCCCAACGUACAGGAUGAUACUCU